AUGAACAGAUUAAUUAGGUUAAGUUUAAGGAAAUCUUUUACAAACAGAGAAGAAUAUGAAUCCAUAUUCACUAGAUUAUUUAAAAAGUCGGCAAGAAAUAGCAUUUAGAAAGUUAAUCCUAUGACAGGAUAGACCAAUAAAAAGAAUCCUAUUAUUGCACUUCUAGAAGAUCCAGAGCCCGAUGAGAAAAUGAAAGAUCUCAGUCAAUACGAUCCUAGAAAUAGAAUAACUAUGAGCGUAAAAGAAGAUAAGGAAAUAUUUUUGGAAGAGAAUAAAGAUAUUAGUGAUUUAGAAAGAAAUCGUAUGCAAAAUAUUGACAAAGUGUUAGGAACAAAGACGGUUUUUCAUGAAAUCAAGACGUAUGAGGAGAGACUUGAUAGCGAACAUGUGAUGGAAAGAAAAAUUGUUAAACUUGAAUAAGGAAGAAUUAAAAAAACUGCUAUUGAUAGAUUGCUAACAACAGAUCCUUAAAAGAAGCGAGACUUGCCCAAGAUUAGAAAUUUUAGUGAAUUUAGUAAAAGAAUGAUUGAUAUGCGUAUUUACCCUUAACAUGAUAAGGAGUCAACUGUGUUAAAAACAGACUUUGAAACACUAGUUGAUUAAUAUUCUUACCUUUAACUAAAUAAAUACAAAAGUACUACUGAAAUUGAAUCUAUGAGUGAGCAAAUAGAAGCAAAAGAAAAUUCUCAAACUCAAUUCGAAAAUGAAAUGACUUAAAAGAAAAUUGAUUCGUUUAUUCAAAAAGAAAACAUGUAUUCAGAUAUGUCUCUAAUUAAGGUCUCUUAGUUAGAAGAUUCUUUGCUUAGUGAUCUUAAAAAAAAAACUGAUAUCCAUGAUAGUGUUCCUUUAUAUACUGAUAAAUUUAUUUAUUACAACCGCGAUCCAAGAGUAACUAAAGAAUGCCCUUUGAGUUUGUAUAGAACUAGCAUUUAAAAAUUUAGAUUUAAACCUUUCAAUAUUAUGGAAGUUAAUCCUGAAAAUAAUGAAGAAGAAUAAGUUAUAACCAAGUAAGAGAUUCUUAACUUCUUAGAAAACUAUGUUGAAUUUGAUAAGAGAAUCGAACAUCUUGCAGACGAAAUCGAGCUAGGACAUGUUAUGUUUUAAGACAUUAUUUACAGUCCUGACCAUGAUUACAUUUCCUUUAUUUUUGAUAUUUACAAUAACAAUUAAGAAUAUAUAAUGAUCAUCAAAGAUAUGAAUUCUAAAAAGUUAAUUCCUCGUAUAUUUUCAAAUAUUGAUGAUACAGUUGCAUAUGAUUGCUUUAACAACAUUUAUUUAUCUCAAAAAAAUGAUCUUGGUAGAUUCUCCAUCAUCUCAAGCCUCAAUCUUUAAGAUCCUGAAAUCUCUAAAAUAUAACCUAAAACUAUCAUUGAAGAGAAAAAUCCUAACUUUUAAUUCAGAAUUAGAUAAAUAAGUAAUAAAGAUGUCAUUCUUAUAGACUCGUGCUCUAUUGGUGGAAAUGAUUAAAAUUAACUUUAUUUCAAAGAAACUUAUAUGCCUAAUACAGACUUUAGACUUAUUUUAGAAAGAACAGUUGACACUUCUACUAAAUUGAAGAUGGGAGAUACAAGUGUUUUUUAUACUUAAUCAUAUAAAAAUGAAAGACCUACAAAAUUAUAUAUGAAUAAUUACACCAAAGGCAGUAGAGAAUUACUUGAAAUGAAACAAUCUUAAGAAACAAAACCUUCUGUUGUUAAUAUAAAUGAGGUUUAUAAAGAGGCUAAAAAAAUGGUUGAAAGCAACACACUUAGCACUGGUACAUUAAAGUCCCAGUUUUUGGAGAUGGUAUAAAAAGAGAAAUAUUAAGCAAUUGAAGUAAGCUUAAACAAAGAAUUAUUCUUUGAAGCAGGAAUAGAUGAAUAUAUCAAGCACUUUGAAGUAUUCUAGCAUUAUGUAGCUAUUCUAGUGUCUAAAAUGCCAGAAUAAAAAGAUUAUAUCAAAAUUUACAAUUUUAAAACAAAAUCUUUCCACACACUCUCCUUUUAAGAAGAUUUAUACGAUAUAUAACCUGAAUCCAACUAAUACUAUACUUCUAACUCUUAUAAUUUUACAUUGAUGACUCCUAAUUAACCUUUAAAUUUUAUGAGCUAUAAUAUGGCUAUGAGGGAAUGUUAAUCAUAUCACCUUAGGUUAUUUGUCAACUUUUAAAGCUAAAACUAUUAAAUGGAAAGACUUUAAGCAAAAUCAAGAGACGGAUCUGAAAUUCCAUUUACUUUAGUUUACAAUAAAUAAUAUGUUAAUGCUAACAGUCCUUGUAUUUUAUAUUUAAAUUAAGAAGAAAACAGUAGAGGAGCUUAUGACUUAACACCAAAUAUGGUUUCGUUACUUGAUAGAGGAGUUAUUAUUGCUUAUCCCCACAUGAGAGGUACUUAUGAUAUUAGUGAAGAGUGGUUCAAGGCUGGGUGUGCAGAGAGAAGAUUAACUAAUUUUUGUGAUUUGAUAGAUGUUGCAAAAUAUAUUAAGGAACAAGAAAUAUCAAACAAAAUUUGUGGCUAUUCUACUACACCUUUAUCUGGACUUUCUUUGUUUAUGGCUGUUUUGAAUGAACCAAAUCUGAUCAGAUGUUCUGUUUAUCAUAAUGGUAUGUUCGAUAUUAUUGAGUAUCUAUAAAAUAAUCAAAAUGCUGAUACACUCAAAAUUUUUGGAGAUGUUAAGUCUGAUUAGGAUAUUUAUGAGUUUGUAAAAGAAUAUUCGCCUUACUAGUAAGAUUUAUCUGAAAUUGAUUUUGAAAACAUGAUGUUUACAUGUAACAGUAAGCAUCCUUUAGCUUACUAAACCAGAAAGCUUGUAGCCAAAUUAAGAGAAAAUAAAGAAAAUACAGAAGUAUAUUUUAGAGAAUAUUUGAUGAUGCCUUAAGAAUCUUAAGAAAUUCAACAAUUUGCCUUUUUAUUAAGCAUAGCUUUCUAUAGUAUGGAUGCAGAUAAAAAAACUUAUAUUAAACCUGAGGAAAAAGACUAUGGUGAUGAUUUUGAUGAUUUCCGUAAAUGA